AAGAAGAAGAAGAAGAAGAAGAAGAAGAAGAAGAAGAAAGCGUCACCGUUCAAAACAGACCCCAACUCCUGUGCGAUCCUUUAUGAAGAUGUCCCAAAACACUCCGGACAAAGAGGACCAGUCGUCGACUAACAAAAAAAACAUCUCCCUCCCGAUAUCCAGAGUGAGGUUGAUCAUGAAGAGCUCCCCCGAUGUCUCCAGCAUCAACCAGGACGCUCUUUUCCUCACCACCAAGGCAACAGAGCUGUUUGUCCAGCACCUGGCCGUGGCUUCAUUCAACAACGGCCCCGGGAAAGCGACCAACUCUCUCUCGUACACCGACCUGGCUAACACCGCAGAGGAGAUGGAGACCUUCCACUUUCUUACAGAUAUCCUACCAAAGAAGAUCUUGGCUCGAGAUUAUCUUCAAUCUUUGGAGCAAAUGCAAGAAGGAAACGACGAUGACGCUGACUUUUAAAACGGACAACUGCUGCAUUUUACGUCCGGACAGAUGUUAUCAAAUGUACAUGUCGUGUCGUUCAUUGAGAGCUCUGGCAGAAGAGACAUCAAACUUUCUCUACGCUUUUGAAUGCACUGAGAGAGUUCACCUGUCGGGAUAAUGGAAGACCGUAGUGGACAUUGAACGGAAAGUAAAGCAACAUUUGGGGAAAAAAUGUCAAAACAACUGAAGACUCAAGAGAUCACCUUCAAACAAAGAACACACACGGUCUUAAUGAAACACAGUAGCUGUACGGUAUGUCUGAGAUAAAUUCCUGAUGCCAGAAAUCUUAAUUUGUAACAAUGGGCAAAACAAAUCAACCUUGUAUGAAUCACACCUCAAUAUUCUAAUGUUUCAGGAUUUAGAUAUUUGAAGGUUUUUGGUAUAGCGAUGUCUGAUAAGUGUUGUUCUUAUAAAGUGUUUGCACUAUGGGCUAAUUCAAUGUAACAGACCAAAAAGUAAAUACCUCACAGCUGGUGCACAGAUGUCUCCGCUCCUGAGAGGUUAUCUUCAAAGUUCGAUUGGGUGAACACUUUAUUUUACAGAUGCUGUCAAACAUGUUGAAGUGUAAUAUGUCCUUGUUACUGAUUCUAAGUUCUACAUUGUGUUUUUAAAAGAUAGUCAGGUUUUAGUUACAGGUAGUUCAGCAAUACUUGAAAGUUGUUUAAUCAAAAGUACAAAUCCCUCUUUUUUUUUCCACCUUAAGUACAUGAACAUUCAGCAUCUUUCUAAACUUAAAUGUACAAUCGGCCCAAUAGAUGUGAAUAUUUAAAGUGUAUAUAACCACAGACUACCGUAUCAUCAUACUCAUCCCAAUGCAUUUACAAAUGAUUUGUUUUGAUACUAAAAUAAAGGUUUGUGCUGUCUGA